AUGGCUAUGAACUCUCGAAAAACUGGAGACAAAAUCAUUCUUGAUCAAGAAAAUCUGUUACCAGAGCCGAAACGCAUUCAGAGAAGGUGGAAGAUGGCUUACAAGGUCAUCUAUUUCACAAGGCUUCUUGUUUCUUUCUCCAAGAAAGAUCUUGACAGCCAGACCGAGAUCCCAGGCUCCACAUCCUAUGUUGCUAUUGACGUUCAUGAUGAUACGUCCCCAUGUGAGAAUAAACCCGUUUCUUUGAUUAAUGUCUAUCAGAGAACACUCAUCAAUAUGGUAAAAGAAAAGAGCCUUAAAAUCCUGAAUCAAUUGGGAGGAGUUUCGCAAGUUGCUAUAAUUCUUGAAACUGAUGUUAAGGAUGGUGUAGGGGAAGUUGAUGUUGCUCAUAGAAGGCAUGUUUUCGGUGAAAAUAGCUAUAAGAAGUCUCCUUCUAAAAGAUUUCCAAGCUAUGUUCUUGAAGAAUGCAAGGACCCGACCAUUAUCAUUCUUUUGUUCUGUGCUAUUAUGUCCUUGGGAUUCGCUAUCAAGCUGCAUGGGCUGAGAGAUGGGUGGUACGAUGGUGGCAGUAUUAUUCUCUCAACUGUUCAUCUUGUUGCUGUCUCUGCUAUUAGCAAAUUCAUGAAAUCCAAUAAGUUUGAGAAACUAUUUCGUGUGAGAAAUGAUAUAAAGGUACAAGUAGUGAGAGACAGGAGGCGACGUCGUGAAAUUUCUAUUUUUGAAGUGGUGGUGGGCGACGUGGUGUAUUUGAAUAAAGGAGACCAAAUACCAGCUGAUGGGUUGCUCUUGAAUGAUUCUUCUUUGAAGGUGGAUGAAUCAAGCAUGAGUAGUGAAAUGGACCAUGUUGAGGUGAAAGGAAGGGAAAACCCUUUCUUGCUUUCUGGCUCAAAGGUGACUGAUGGCAAUGGCUUCAUGCUUGUUACGUCUGUUGGAAUGAAUACGGCAUGGGGUGAGAUGAUGAGUUCUAGAAGCCAUGAUCUGGAUGAACAGACUCCAUUACGAUCUCACCUCGAUAAGAUCGUUUCUUACAUGAGGAAGGUUGGAUGGACAGUUGCUUUAUUUGUGCUUGUAGUGCUGCUGAUGAGGUACUUCACACGGAAAACUAGAGAUGAUAGUGGUUAUUAUGAAUACAAUGGGAGCAAGACAAAGAUUAAUAAUGUGCUGGAUCCAGUUGUGCGCAGUAUUGCUGCAGCUGUGACUAUUGUGGUGGUGGCAACUCCUGAAGGUCUCUCUUUGGCUGUAACUCUGACUUAUCUAUACUUCAUGAAGAGAAUGAUGAAAGAGAGAGUCAUGGUUCGUGAACUCUCUUCUUGUGAAAAAAUGGGUUCAGCGACAACAAUCAUCAUAGAUAAGAAAGACAUUCUUACUUUGAAUCAGAUGGAGGUUGUGGAAUUCUUCAUUGGAGAAGAUAUAAUCAAAGCUAAACCUUCAAAUGGUGAAAUAGAAUCGAAGGUCCUUGAGUUACUACAAGAAGGGUGUACUUCAAUUCUUGAAAUUUCUGGUAGUCCAACUGAAAAAGCAAUACUUUCCUGGGCUAUGUCGCCUUUGGGCAUAAAUAUUGGCGAGGAAAAGAAAAAAGUUGAAAUAAAACAUGAAGAGAACUUCGAUCCUGAGAAGAACGGAAGCGGGGUACUAUUGGUGAGGAGAAACAAUGAGAAGGUAGUUCGUCACAGGAAGGGAGAUGCCGAGGUGAUACUAGCCAUGUGUUCAAACUAUUAUGUUAGAAAUGGGGAGAUUAGAGACGUGAAUGAGGAUGCAAGAAAGCAGUUGAAGGAGAUAAUUCGGAGAAUGGCAGUCAAAAGCCUCUGCUGUAUGGCGUUUGCCUGUAAAGAAGUUGAAGACAGUGGACAGGCCUCUGACGAGCUUGAAGCAGCUGGAUUCACUUUGCUGGGGCUCGUGGGGCUGAAGGACGGAUGCAGAAUAGAGAUUAGAACGGCGGUAGAAUCAUGUAAGAAUGCAGGAGUGAAAGUUAUAUUGGUCACCGGUGACGAUGUUCGUACAGCAAGAGCUACAGCCAUUGAAUGUGGAGUUUUCAGUUGUGAUCAAGAGGAUGUGGAAAGCGAUGCUAUAGUCGAAGGAGUCCAAUUCAGUAACUACUCGCGGGAGCAGAGAAUGGAAAGGAUUGGGAAAAUCCUUGUGAUGGGAAGUUCAUCCCCAGCUGACAAGCUUGAAAUGAUACGAUGUUUAAAGGAGGAAGGGCAUGUGGUAGCAGUAACUGGUGGUGGUACCGACGAUGCCCUAGCUUUGAAGGAAGCAGAUAUUGAGCUCUCCAUGGGAAUACGAGGGACUGAGGUGGCGAAAGAGGGCUCAAAAAUUGUCAUAUUGGAUGAUAACUUCAUUUCCGUGGUGACUAUGUUGAGCUGGGGAAGGUGCGUCUACAACAAUAUUCAGAAGUUCAUUCAAUUUCAGCUUACAAUGAACGUUGCAGCCCUUGUCAUCAACCUUAUCUCAGCUUGUUCUUCUGGUGUAUUAUCAUUGUCAGCAUUCCAGAUACUCUGGGAAAAGGUUAUCAUUGAUACUCUGGGCCUACUAGCAGUGAUCAGUCAUGAACAGCCCACCAAAGAUCUCAUGAGAAAGCCUCCUGUAUGUUGGUCCAAGCGACCUAUCAACGAAAGCAUCUUCAACAACAUCCUCAUCCAGGUCUUUUAUCAGGCAGUUACUCUAUCAGCUCUACAAUUCAAUGUGGGUAAGUCAAUUCUGGGUUUGGCGAUUAAUAACACACUUGUUUUCAAUACCUCAGUCAUCUGCCAAGUUUUCAAUAUAUUUACUGCGAGGCUGCCUGUGGAGAAGAAGAGCAUGUUUAUGUGGAUUCGCAAGAACAAGCGUUUCUUAGCGGCUGUGCUUGUUGUCACAGUUGCUCAAGGAGUGAUAGUGGAGUUAUCGAGCAAGGUGACUAACAGCAAUGAGAAACUGGAUCGGAAGCAGUGGUGUGUGUCCUUAACCAUGGCUGCUUCAUCUUGGUUGUUUGAUCAGCUUGUAAGGCGUAUGAUUCUUCCUAAAAUCAGCUUUCUUGGAUCUUGA